AAAGCUAGAGAGCACAUCGAUCGCAUCAAACGCUUUCGCAUUCUCGUCAUGGGAAGAGCCAAUGCAGGUAAAACAACAAUCUUGCAGAGGGUCUGUAAUACUACGGAUGAACCAGAAAUUUUUAAUGGAGAAGGGGGAAAGGUGUGUAUGGUUGAAUGUAUCCAGCGCGGCUACCACAACGUCGGGGAUGAGCUGGUUUUUAAGAGUAAUCCGCGCUUUGUAUUCCAUGACUCAUGUGGAUUUGAGGCCGGAAGUGAAGAGCAGUUUGACAUGAUGAAGGAAUUUGUGAUGGAUCGUGCCAAGACAACCAAGCUUGAUGAGAGAAUUCAUGCCAUAUGGUAUGGACUCUGUCCGACACCCUAACCAAAGUGACAUGGUUUCUGUGAUGGAUUUAGGUUUUGCAUUCCUUUGAAUGAUAGCCACAGGAUGAUCACAGCUGCAGAAAAGAAGUUUUUUGAUGAAUGUGAUACAGGACAUGGUGUGUAUAUUGACUGUGCUCUGUUUGAUGGUG